ACCAAAUUCGAUACUUUGUAAACUGGUUUGACCUGGAUGGCGCGCUUUGGUCACGUCCACAUGUUUUCCCCACAGGUGCUUGCGCUUAGUAAUUACAUUGUUCUUUGUUGAUGGGUGUUUGCCUAAUAUCUUUCUUCGUUGAAUAUGUAUGUCAUAUUAUGUCCUGAUGUGUUGAAAUGUGUUAUGUAUUUGCUAGUGAUAUUGAAACGAGUGAAGUAUUGAUUAGGCUAUUGAGUGAGAUAUUUAUUUAAAUUGAGGAAAUACCUGUUUAUGUGCAUUUUGGAUUAUCCCAGUGUUAAGGGUUGUGCUAUUUUUUUACUUUAUUAGCCUCAGGUGGCUCAUUUUCGGGAAAAUUUAGGCUGGAGGUGCAUAUUGUCCCAGUUGGAGCUCUGCUAAAUCAGCUGUGUGAGGAAUUGUCGGCACUCUGCCUGCCUAAAAUGAAGCUAACCUUCUGCACCUGUACAUAAAUUCCACCAUUUUGCCCCUGAUUCCGUCUGACUCCUUCGCAGCCCCCUGACAAGACGGUCAGUGCUAUUGGGGAUCCCUGGGACGUCCCUAACCCAUACCUUCACMAUUUUUCGCUAUUCAUAAAAACUUAGGCUACCGUAUUUAUUAUGAAUUAAAAUGACUAUAACAUGUAUCAUAUAUAAUAAACAUUAUUUCAAUAGAUACCGGCGCAGGAUUAUAAUUUAUACAAUUAAUCCUGUGAUUAUUCUCAUUAUAAAAUCAGUAUGCGUGGGAUACAUUUUGUACUAUUGACCAAUCAGUUUAAAAGUAAACAGAUAAGGACGCAUCAUGGGGCGGCGCUGUUUAGCGUGCAGGAAAACCCAAACCAAAGCACAUGCGACACGAACACAGCAAAAAGAAACGCUCAUGACGUCUGUGGAUCACAUGAAGGAGGACAAGUGAAAAGAWAGUCCAGGAUGGCCAGAUCAAAGAAAAGAAUGGAGGAGAAGGUGACAAGUGACAGUGACGGGGAAGAUUACUACAGAACAGAGGGAGAACGGAUGAAGAAAGCAAAAGCCGCCAUUGUGUCAAUAUUAUCAGCAAGAGUGGAGARAACAGAGAGGAGUAAGGCGGCGAUGGACAGAAAGGAACAAGAGAUGGAGAUGACGAGGAUGAAGGAAAAGUGGGAGAAGUUACACAAACGCGAGGAGAUGGUCUUGGAGGGAUUGGAAGUGGUCAGAGAAGAGAGCGAGCAGUUAAAGGAAGAGAGAGAGCGGAUUCAGAAGGAGAUGGAGAACAUUCAAAAGGAGAAAAAAAGGCAGAUUGCGAGAGGAAGCGAUGAUCUGAGGAGACCAAGAGUGCAGGCGGUGUCGUACAGGCAGACGUUGGGGAAAGAGGGAGAGGAGCUCAGGGAGGAGAGGUUGGAGAUGAAGGAGCUAAUGGAGAUGCUACUUGAAAAGGAGGCGAUGCUCAAGGAGAGAGAGAAGUUUAAAGAAAAGAGAAAGAUAGAGGAGAAAAAGAUGAAGGAAAGGAAGGUCAUUGACUUGGCACGUAUGUUUAUGAGUGAAGCGUUAAAGGCCAUCGAAAAACAGCGGAAGAAGAGAGAAAAAGAAAGGGGGCCAUUGAGGAGGGAGAUAGAAAGGAUCCUUAAAGAGAAGGAGACAAUAAAGGAGAGGAGCAAGGAGGAAGAGGGGCAAGAGGAGGAGAGGGCGAGGAGGAGAGCGAUACGAGUUAGUCAUCACUCAUUCUACUGAACCGCAACAUAAAAAAUAUGAUUUACAGCAUUAAACAAACGCAGCAUGAAAUUCCUUAACCUUCCACUAUUUUUGUUUACAUCCUUAAUAGCCAGCUCUAGUUCAAUGCUAAGUUAACAGUAGAUUCUUAUCAAGAAAUAAUACUUUAUUAUUGUGGACUGAACUAUAGCAUGCUAGUUGCUCUCCCUGUUUUCUGAGAUAUGCUUGCCUGGAACUACAAUGCUUCAGAGAUAUAGUUUCCUGGAAUUUGAGGACUUCCAAUGGCGGCCUUUGUUAUUGGUUGAGGUGUAUAAAAGCAUAGUGGUGAAAGGCUGUACCAUAAGCUACAUUCUACAGAGUUACAGAAGAGAGAGGUCUGAGGACUCUGUGGCUGGUCAGACCGUGUGGUUCAGGUGGGGUGAGGGUAGGGAGUGCAUUGUAUUAAAUCACUGCUCUGGGUUGCCCUUAAUUAAGCACAGAUCUAGAAUAGUUUGUGCUCCCUUAAUCCAGUAUUUGCUAGCACGUAUUACAGUGCACAAGACUGACCUUAGAUCAGCAAAUGACUAUAGAGAGCAAURUUUAUCAGGACUUAAGUAUWAGGAGUGGCAYUKGUAUGUGGAUACUUACACCUGCACCUUAAAACAGAAAUGUUGCUUAUAGCCCAAAAAUUAUUCAUAGUGUGGGUAUCCGGUUAUGUCUUCCCAAAAUGGGCGUCAACAUGUCUGCAGGCCAAUCACUCCAAUAGGAGGUCGAUGGUCAAGUUUAGGAACACUUCAAAUGUAUAUUUUCAGGUGAUGGAGUAUGUAGGCUAUACACUGAACAUUCGUUAUUUAGUGUAUCCAGUUGAAUCGAUUCAACACUUAUAACUGAAAACGUUUGAGAUAUGAAGCAAGCUAUUUUGAUCAUUUGUGGCUUAUGAGGCUCUGCUGUAAUACUAUAAUAUCUGCUGUAAUACUGCAAGAUUCCAGUUGUAUGUGGUACAUUAAUAUGAAAAACUCCUUAAAACAGGGUUAAACCAUUUAAUGGUUUAAUUUCCCCUUCAAAGUCAUAUUUUGUCUAUCUUUAAGAUGAUCUCAUGGGGUUAAAUCAUUGAGUAAUGCGUUCCUAUAUUUUCAUCAAUCCCCAUAGACUACAUAUSCUYUGCCCACUUUAACUAUGGCCAAAACUCCAGACCGUUCACUUCAUACAUUAUUAAUGACUUUAGAAGACACCCAAUUACAGUGUGUGCUCUUGGAGUAGAGGGGGCAGAGGACUAACAUUAACUGUGGUUUUAACAAUAAARCUUAAAGAUAAACUUCUUUGAUAUGGAUGCGCUGGGGAACUGGGAGAGAGUAAAAUCAAUAGCAGUGCAGAGGAAUUUAUUAUUCAGCAAUUACAACCGAAGCAAACAUUCCCACUCCUUUGGUUUAUGCCAAGUGUCUGGAGGGAAUGUUUCUACUGUUUCUAGAGACUUCCAGGAUCUGUGGGGGGUAAACAUCUCUGAGUGCUAUAGGGAGACAUAUUUGAGAAAUGUGUUUUUGUUGUGUUCUCAUGCAGCCCAACCUCUCUUAAUGCUAUUCUCUUAAGGCAGCUUAGUAAGGGGAUAUCAGAAUAAUAUUUGGUGCCUAUGUGGAAUUACCCUGUGAGACUUUGGGGAAUAAUCUACUACCAAUAUUUGUGUUUUGAAAGGGGGAAGAUUUUUUAUUUAAAUGCUGGUUUCACGGUUUUUCAAUUGUAAUCAGAACAAUUUCAAUGGCUUUAUCCUUUUGAGCUUAUUUUCCUCUUUAACAACCUCCUUUCAUUGCCUUCAGGGUCGGCACAGUGGGGCAAAACGGACCUGUGAACUUUAGGCAUGAAAUUAGACUGAUGAGUUAAGUCCUUCACAGCCCCUUGCUGUAUUUCUGUUAUAUAUAUUGCCAUUGGCUAUAAUUAAAAGAUACAUGCAAAUAGUWGAGAUAUACAGUUUUAUUAGUUUGUGUUAUUCUGUAAAAGUAGUAAAAGGUUUAGUUCACUAUUUUACAACUUGAUGUUAAAUGGUUCCUCACCCUGAAAGUAGUCUAUGGGCCAAGAGAAUCUAUAAUUCAUGGAUC